UUCUUCUGUCCACCCCUCCCCCAGCCUGGCUGUGAGCAAUAGACAGAGAGAGGUAGCCAGUUCCUGGUUCAACCAAAAUCGUUGUUUCUACUUUGAAGGUACCAGAGGGGCAGUGCAGAGGACUCAGCUCUGGAAAUGAUGGACAGAUGUUCAUGUCCUGUACCCCUUGUGCUGAGGUGUCCUGUCUUUCAGGUGUGGACGCUCUGGGUCCCCUGUGCUGACGUGUCUCGUCUUCCAGGUGUGGACGCUCUGGGGCCCUCUGUUCUGGGGUAUCCCAUCUUCCAGGUGUGGACACUCUGGGGCCCUCUGUUAUGGGGUAUCCUGUCUUCCAGGUGUGGACGCUCUGGGGCCCUCUGUUCUGGGGUAUCCCGUCUUCCAGGUGUGGAUGCUCUGGGGCCCUCUGUUCUGGGGUAUCCCGUCUUCCAGGCAUGGUUGAUUCCUGCGACCCUUUCAUCUGAUUCUGUGAGAUACUCCCCAGAGAUCAAGACGUCCCCACCACACAUCCUGAAGAAGUUUGCAGUGUGCGACAUCCCUCUCUAUGAGAUCUGUGACUACAACAUCACCAGGGACCAGUGCAAAGACCUCGGAUGCUGUUUCUACAGGGGCGUCUGCUACAAGAAAGCUGUUCCCAGUAGACUGAGUCCCUUGAGACAGGACUGUGUCCCCUUCCCUGGUACAAGACCUGGGAAGUCAGGGAACAGUGACCCAUGGGACCUGCCGGGCACGCUGCCCCACACCAGCUCCUCAGGAAAGAGCUGGAGAAGGGCAGGCAGGGCCGCACUGCCUUCCACCAGUGCCAUGGAGACUGAGCGUUUAGGCAGAUGAUAAUAGAACUCACCUUUCCCAAAGAGGCCGCAAAGGACACCACCAUCAGCAGCAAGGACUUUCUGCUGGAAGCACCCUCCUAUGUCUUGACUUAGGAAGGCUCAGGAGGACUUUCCUCACUCCAGGGGAGGACUGACCCUCGCACACCAGGACCCCUUUCUGUCAUCUAGAAGAAACAACCAGAGCUGAUGUCUUGUUAUUAUUUCUAUUGAGACAAAUUGGUCAUUCUAUAAAAUGCAUUUUUUUCCAUGCUGGCAAUGGAUCCUUGUGUGUUAGGCUAAUGCCCCAUCUAGAAGCCACCACUUUAAAAAAAAUGCAACUUUAUGGGCUUUAGAAUGUUCACAAAGUUGAACAGCUUCUAACACUAUCUAAUCUGAGACCAUCUCACCUCACAUGUUAACAUCUAUUUCCUAAGGCUCCCUCCUGGCCUCGCUGAUUUGUCUGUGGGUUACCUGUUCUGGAUACGUCAUACAAGUAGAAUCACAGAACGUGUGGUUCUUUACCAGUAUGAUUUCCUCCCCCCCCUCUGAUGUACGUGCGCGUGCGUGCGU